GGUUGGCGGUUGCUGAGGCUGCGUGUUCGCUUAGCGCUUCUCCUCAGGGCCUUCCCUUAGCAAUUCCCCUCAGGGCCUCUCCUUAACAAUUCCCCUCAGCAAUUCCCCUCAACAAUUCCCUCAGCAAUUCUCCUCAACAAUUCUCCUCAGCAAAUUCUCCUCAACAAUUCCCCUCAGCAAUUCCCCUCAAGACCUGGCCCCAGGGCCUCGCCUCCAUCCUUCGCCCCAAGGCCUCCCCUCAUCGCCUCUGCCCCCCCAAGAUGGCAGCCCGGGGUCCCGCCAUCGGCAUCGACCUGGGCACCACGUACUCCUGCGUGGGCGUCUUCCAGCACGGCAAGGUGGAGAUCAUCGCCAACGACCAGGGCAACCGCACCACCCCGAGCUACGUGGCCUUCACCGACACGGAGCGGCUGAUCGGCGACGCCGCCAAGAACCAGGUGGCCAUGAACCCCACCAACACCAUCUUCGACGCCAAGAGGCUGAUCGGCCGCAAGUUCGAGGACGCCACGGUGCAGUCGGACAUGAAACACUGGCCCUUCCGCGUGGUCAGUGAGGGAGGGAAGCCCAAGGUGCAGGUGGAGUACAAGGGGGAGAUGAAGACCUUCUUCCCCGAGGAGAUCUCGUCCAUGGUGCUGACCAAGAUGAAGGAGAUCGCCGAGGCCUACCUGGGGGGGAAGGUGCAGAGCGCCGUCAUCACGGUGCCGGCCUACUUCAACGACUCCCAGCGACAGGCCACGAAGGACGCGGGGACCAUCACCGGCCUCAACGUGCUGCGGAUCAUCAACGAGCCCACGGCGGCCGCCAUCGCCUACGGCCUGGACAAAAAGGGCUGCGCCGGCGGCGAGAAGAACGUCCUGAUCUUCGACCUGGGCGGCGGCACCUUCGACGUGUCCAUCCUGACCAUCGAGGACGGGAUCUUCGAGGUGAAGUCCACGGCCGGGGACACCCACCUGGGCGGGGAGGACUUCGAUAACCGCAUGGUGAGCCACUUGGCCGAGGAGUUCAAGAGGAAGCACAAGAAGAACAUCGGGGCCAACAAGCGGGCGGUGCGGCGGCUGCGGACGGCCUGCGAGCGGGCGAAGCGCACGCUCAGCUCCUCCACCCAGGCCAGCAUCGAAAUCGACUCGCUCUACGAGGGGGUGGACUUCUACACGUCCAUCACCCGGGCCCGCUUCGAGGAGCUCAACGCCGAUCUCUUCCGGGGCACGCUGGAGCCCGUGGAGAAGGCCCUGCGGGACGCCAAGCUGGACAAGGGUCAGAUCCAGGAGAUCGUCCUGGUGGGCGGCUCCACCCGCAUCCCCAAGAUCCAGAAGCUGCUGCAGGACUUCUUCAACGGCAAGGAGCUCAACAAGAGCAUCAACCCCGACGAGGCCGUGGCCUACGGGGCGGCCGUGCAGGCGGCCAUCCUCAUCGGGGACAAGUCGGAGAACGUGCAGGACCUCCUGCUGCUCGAUGUCACCCCGCUGUCCCUGGGCAUUGAGACGGCAGGUGGGGUCAUGACCCCGCUGAUCAAGAGGAACACCACCAUCCCCACCAAGCAGACCCAGACCUUCACCACCUACUCCGACAACCAGAGCAGCGUCCUAGUGCAGGUGUACGAGGGCGAGAGGGCCAUGACCAAGGACAACAACCUGCUGGGCAAGUUCGACCUCACCGGGAUCCCCCCCGCGCCCCGCGGGGUCCCCCAGAUCGAGGUGACCUUCGACAUCGACGCCAACGGGAUCCUCAACGUCACCGCCUCCGACAAAAGCACCGGGAAGGAGAAUAAGAUCACCAUCACGAACGACAAGGGCCGGCUGAGCAAGGACGACAUCGACCGCAUGGUACAAGAGGCGGAAAGGUACAAAUCCGAAGACGAGGCCAACCGAGACCGGGUGGCCGCCAAAAACGCCCUGGAGUCCUACGCCUACAGCAUCAAGCAGACCGUGGAAGACGAGAAGCUGAGGGGCAAGAUCGGCGAGCAGGACAAGAAGAAGAUCACCGACAAGUGUCAGGAGGUGAUCAACUGGCUGGACCGCAAUCAGAUGGCCGAAAAAGAGGAGUUCGAACACAAGCAGAAGGAGCUUGAAAGGGUCUGCAAUCCCAUCAUCAGCAACCUGUACCAAGGAGGGCCCGGCGGAGGCGGUUCGGCCGCUUCCGGGGGACCCACCAUCGAGGAAGUGGACUAAACCCGCACGGAUCAGCCAGUAUCCCGCUUUCCAGAUUGUGGUGUUUUUUUUUUUGUCGUUAUUGUUCUUGUGGUGGGUGACGAGCACCGAGCGUAUCGAAGAAAAGCUUAGCCUGUUGUUUGCGUAUCAACCGCGGGGCACGUCGAUCGGGCUUAGUAGAAGUUAGUUUUUUCUCAAGGUGAUUUAUCCGUUAAAAAUUCAGAAGUCCUAACGCUCGGGAUUCCCCGGGCAGAUUUUGUUCUUGAUGUUUACGCCUGGAGAUUUAGGUUUUGGUUUUUUUUAAAAAUCACCUGAAGAGCUUUGCCUCGGGAAGCUUUGGUGACGUCCUAAAAACUUUAGAAAUGUACUCCGCUUAUUUUUGUUAGUACUACUGAGUUAAUUUAUGUUUAAGAUGGGCGCGUCUUGGUAUGCUCAAAGAGAGUUUAGAAUACAAAAUGGGUGAGGCGGAUAGGGAAGCCAUAACCAGGUGCCUGUGUCAAAUCGAAAUAGGUACUUGGUAUUGCUCAGUAAAAGUCGUUUAGAAGCUUAAGUAUUUUGACUGCUAUUUUUGCUGCUUUCUUUGAUUUGUAAGUUGGUACCAAAUGCACGGUAAAAUGGCUUUAAUCUGAUGGAAGUAUUUUGUGUACCAUCCUGAAACACUGUCCAAUAAUCUUGUUUAUUAUUCUAGAAGGGAAAUCAGUAUAAAAGGUAGCACAUUUUCUGGCGUAGAGUCCAGCCUGAGCUGUAAAUUAUACUUGGUUGAGAUCGCUGCCUUCGGCGACCAGAUUUUGAGGGGGAGAUCAACCGAACAAACGGUCAUUGGUGCUCCGUUGGAAAAAUCUGUAUAAUGUCUUGCAGAACAUUCUCAACUAGGAACGUAGGCAUUACGAAAGUAUUUUGGAAGGGUUGUAUGGAAAUUUUGUGCCAGCAAAAUACCCCUUCCCAUCCGCUCGCACCGCAAGCUCUUGGGGUUUUCGUGAGUGCUGCAGAAAAUAACGAUUUGGGGAAAAAUCUAGACAUUGUGAAUUUUUGCCCUGGUAUUAGGGCCGUCAGGAGGGAAAUGAAUCCAGUACAUGUCACCAGUCCCAGCGUGGAAACUCAUGCCUCUCCUAGUAGACAGACAUACACCUCUGAGCACUUAUGUGAAUUUGCUGUAAUGGAUCCAGGCCAAACUGUAAUAUUCAUGCACAUGAAAUGUAGUUGAAACUGAUGAAAAUAACAUUUCGCUAAAUAAACUUCCUACUUGUGGGCGCUUUCA